ACUCCGCCAUAUUGGAAUUUCACACAGAUUGGGUGUUGGUGGUUUUUGAGCGUUUCGCCUUCGCUUGCGUUUUGUUCUGUUUUUCUAGCUCCCGACCCGACUACACCGGCCACUUGCUGAAGUCGCCUUGGAACUGCAGCACGAUGGCAGACGACAAGCACACUCUGCCGGUGGCGGACGACGACGAGGACAGCCCGAACUACAAGCCACCCGCAGCCAAGAGUCUCAAGGACAUUGUGGAGGCGGACAAGGAGGACACCUCCCUGCAGAAGUACAAGGAGACUCUGCUGGGGGCCGCCACUGCUGCAGCGGUCAUUGUCGAACCGGACAAUCCGAGCUGUGUGCUGGUCAAGAAGCUGGCUCUGGUGGUGGAAGGCAGGCCAGACGUGGUGCUUGACCUGACAGAGGACCUGGAGCAGCUGAAGAAGCGCACAUUCACGGUGAAGGAGGGCAUCCAGUACAGGAUCCGGGUGGAGUUCUUUGUCCAGCGGGAGAUCGUCACGGGCCUCAAGUACGUCCAGAAGAUCCAUCGGCACGGAUUGCAAGUGGAGAAGAUGACCCAGAUGGUGGGAUCGUACGCGCCGAAGACGGAGAUCCAGUCGUUCACGACCCCGCAAGAGGACAUGCCGUCGGGGAUGCUUGCACGGGGCACUUACAACGUCAAGUCUCUCUUCACGGACGACGACAAGCACGAGCACCUCAAGUGGGAGUGGACCUUCGAGAUCAAGAAGGACUGGGAGGACUAGCCGACGGAAGGAUGCCUUUUGCCCUCCUGCACCGCCGUCGACUGUACAUAACGGAGGCGCCGCCGCCCCGUUUACGUGAUUCUGCUGUUUUCUUCUUCGUUUUUGUCUGUUGCCGUUUCGUUUCUCGGUGUUCCAUGGCCUUCUCCUUCGUUUUUUUCUUCAUGGUUCCGUUUAAGUGAUUCUAAAGCUCCCUAGUUUGUCUUUCAGGUUGUUUCCGUAGGUCUAUAAGAAACACUGCCCCGUGUUUACGGUUUACGAUUUUCUCCCUUCGUUUAUUGUUUCUCGUGGUCUUGUUUCCGUAGGUCCACGGUUUCCCACAGUUUGGGGCAAGACUUUCUUAAAGUUAUUAUUUUUUUUUUAUAACCCAGAGGGAAACAGUUCUAUGCAAACAAGUUUCCGCAGGAAAGCUUUUUCUUGUUUCUGUUAACUGAAUGCUCCCAGUUUUCCUUGAACCGCUGGCUUGGAGAGAUUUCGUGGCAAGCCGACGGUUGCUUUUUGAGUGUGAACGGUGGGAUGUGCAAGUCUUGAGUGCCGGCAGCACAGUUUUGUCAACGGCUUGCCAAAGACGUCGUCUUUGCUCGGUUCGAAUCUCGCUCACACGACUGUUCCUGGGUGUAAUACGACUUGUUAACACGGUGAAUGCAACGCAAUGUUUUAAGGGACCUUCUUAUUCGCAAUUGGCUCACAGACGUCGGGCAGUCCCGUGCCGCGAUUUUGUAGACUGCGACGUCGUCCACAACGGAAACCGAACAGAGAGAUGCAACUUUGUGAUAACUUUGUCGACGGUCACAUUGCCGGGAUUGUGCGAGAACGCCCGCUACUCUUUUUCUAACGCCAUGCCGACGUCUGAGUGUGCCAGGUUUACGAUAACUUUUGCCACGGACAGUGGCGUAGCCAGGAACUUUUCAGGGGAGGGGGGGACUGAGGCGGUUGGGAUGUCCACGAAUUGGGGUGCGGAGGGAGGUAAGAGGGUCAAACUGCACGUGUAUAUUAUAAGGCCGGCUGUGUUUCUGGGGGUGCCGAGUCCCCGUAAGCCUCCCCCCUGAAUACGCCACUGGCCGUGAAAUCGGGGUAACGCAAGCCGUAAUGUCUUGCUGAUACGUUGCUGUUUUGGAGCCGACCUUGUCUAAGGCCUUUGCUGUAGCCAAGACACGGUCAUGUGUCACCUAUGGUUGCUGCGCACGUUUGUCUUUGCAUACGGUCGUGUCGCUUUGUAGGCGGAAGUGCGACGCCCGAUUCUGCUUCCUCUCCGAGGGCGACGUUGCCAUUUUCGUGUGUUCUUUCUUCGUUGGUUUCGGUUCUGGUUUGCCACGUCUGCGAGGGCUCGGAGCGGUCUUUUCCCCGCCACGUGCUCCAGUUGCCAAAUGAUUGAAGUCGUCCGCCUUCGAAGCUCUCGCCCGCAGUCUUAAUUUGCUGCAAGCCGCUCGUGCAAGCGUCGUAACAGUUUUGUCGGUCCGCGACGCGAGUUAAGUCUGCACAGUCUUUUGAAAUAGAGAGAGAAGGAACUUGUUGUUCACAGUUUGCUCACAGUGGAAACAAAGAAACAGAAAUGCGCACACAGUGUUCCCUCGUCUUGCAGGCGCACUCUGAAUGAAACCCACACGCCUAGAAGUGUUGCGUUCGUCCAGCACCUAGCCUUGACCCGCGUUGCGGCGACCUUGUCGUCGCAACGUUAGCCUUUGCAAUGCUUCCCAUUUUUACUGCACACAAAUUUUCGUAUACAGUCUAACGUUUAUAUGUGCCGCAACGUUGACAACGCAGAGAGCAAGUCGUCUGCUUUUUGCGCAGCGGUUGCGGUGACGUUGGAACGACGCCAGAGCUCCGAUUGGUUUUGAUUGAUAGUGGGUAGACUUCAAUGCUAGAUGCCUUUCGGUCUACCCACUAUGUUUUCAAUCGGCCAAUAAGAGCUCGGCGUUCCGACAUCGUCGCAAUCCCUGUGCAAGAAGCAGACGAACUUGCGCUUUGCAUAAAGAGCAUCUAAUCAAAUGUCGCACGGAGAGUUUAAUGCGAACGGUGUUCGCCACCUCACCCCUCUACCGUUUUGUACGUGCCUUAGAUGUGAAGAACCACCUAUGGUGUCUGCACAUUGCAUUUGUAGAUCUGCACACGUGCGUGCACACAUUGGGACGACAGUAUUUUGGAGAUACACGUUUUGAUGGCAGUUCUUUCACGGAGCAGAGAACAACGAGGAAUCCUUUUUUUUUUCUUCUGGCCAUGCUUUGCAGAUGAGCUGGUGUGUACCUCCUGUUGCAAUAAACAACAUAUUUAAAAUGGA